AUGAAAAUAAUAUUAAUUGUAAUUUUAAUUAUUUUUAUAAAUAGUUAUUUUGUUUCAAGUCAAUUUGUUGAAACUUUAAAUAUUUAUAGAUGUAGUAAUAAUUCAACCAAUCAAUGGAGUAAUGCAACAUCUGUUACCGAUUUUACAUUAACAAGUAAUUAUGGACUUGCAAUUCAACAAACAUUUGCAUCGAUUUGUUAUGAUGAUCAAUAUAUAAAUAUUAAAGCCUAUUGUGUUGAUAAUAAUAUUAUUUCACCAUACGAUUCAUGUAAUCAAGAUUUAUUUAAUGCUGAUGUAUUUGAAACUUUUCUUUCUUAUGGACCAGCUGAUCAAGUUGCAGUGAAUUAUUUAGAAGUUGAGUUAUCUCCAUACGGUGUUCUAUUUGUAUCACUUGUUAAUAAUCCAAAUGAUCAAUGUGAUGGUAUUCAAGAUACUUUGGUAGAUUGUGGUCAAUCAGGAAUUAUUUAUGGUGCAUCAACAAUCAACGAUGGUUGGGAAGGUACUUUACGUAUUCCAUUCCAAUUAAUUCAAAAAGCAAGUCAAUAUUCUGAAACUGAAGGAUAUAUUUACAAGUUUAACAUGUUCCGUAUUGAUGUACCAUUAUAUAAUUAUAAAGAAUAUUCAUGUUAUCAUGCUGAUAAUACUAAUCCACCAUGUUUCCAUGUACCAAGUUAUUUUGGUAAUAUCGCUUUAAAUUAA